AUGGAACCAUCGAAAGUUAAAGAACGUUAUCAAGCAUUAAAACAUCAAGGACCCUCACGAUCUUUAACUCGUUGUAAUUCAACGGAUCUUAUUCCACAAGUUAUUUCACAAAAUCAAAUCAAUUUACAUAGUAAUAUAUGUCCAAAAGCACCUGGAGUUUUAUUCGAUAGUCGAACUACAUAUUUUAAUGGUAUUAAUGAUGAUCAAGAUCGACCAUUAUCAGCACGAGUUUCUUCAGCAAGUAUUACACGACAAUUAUCUAAUGUGUCUCUUAAUGAUCCAAAACAAUCAGUAACAAUGAAUACUCCACUUCAUAUAAGAUUUCGUCCAAUUGAUUUAUCUUCAAUUAUACCAAUGAAAGAUAAUAAAAUGAGAAUAUAUUCUAAUUUGACAAACUCAAAACAUACAGAUUAUUUUAAUUUAUUAUCGGAUGAAUUAAUUCUAACAAUUUUAAGAUAUCUUCCUCGUACAUCAUUAGCUUCUAUGGCUCAAGUUUGUCGUCGAUUACGUUCUCUAACUUACGAUCCAAGUUUAUGGUGUCGUGUAGAUAUGUCUCGAAAACAAAUUGAAAGUUGUUAUUUACGUGAUGUUCUUUUACGUGGCACAAUUAUUCUUAAAAUGUAUCAAACUACAGUUUUUGGAAAUUCGAUUUAUUCACCUAAUCGAAAUACAUGGUUUACAAAACUUCAAUUUCUUGAUUUAACUCUUGCAACAAUCUCGUCUGAUUGCUUAUUAAGUUUAAUAAGUGCUUGUCGAUCACUUCGAAAACUUAGUCUUGAAACAUUACCAUUGAAUUUAUCGAUUUUCGAAAAAUUAUCACUAAAUUCACAACUUGAUACAUUAAAUCUAACUAUGUGUACUGGUAUUGAUCUUGAUUGUUGUUCAAUAUUAACCAGUCAAAUGAAACAUUUACGUUAUUUAAACUUGGGUUGGACACAAUUAAGUGAUCAAUGUGUUCAUUAUAUAUGUCGAACAAUUCAAUCAAGUAUUGAACAAUUAACAAUAACUGGUUUUCGACAAGGAAUGACUGAUGAAUGUGUUGAAAAUUUAACACGUCGUGCUGUUCGUCUUCGUGUUCUUGAUUUAAGUGAUUCAAGUUUAAUAACUGAUAAAUCAGUAACAAGUGUUCUACAUAAUUGUCUCUAUUUAGAACAUAUAGCAUUUUCACGUUGUUAUGCUAUAGCACCAAUUGCUUAUGCAUCAUUAAAACAAUUACGUCAACUUGUUUCAUUGGAUAUAUUUGGUGUUGUUGAUGAACGUGGUUUACAAAAAUUACAUUCCUUACUUGGUUCAUCUAUUAAUUUAAAUCAACAGCGUUUUUCUUAUGUUGCUCGACCAACUUAUGGUUUACGUCGAACAUCAAUAUGGGGAUUACGAACACGUCCUUAA